CACCGCACCUUGAUAUUUAUUCAUUUUUUCCCUCUCCCUGAUAAACCCCAGACUCUCCCAAAUUAUCUUCUUCACCUUUCAACAGCCGCCAAUGGAGAGAGCGGUGCUACUACGCUCCAUCUCCUCCUCUUCUUCUCCGUCCUCUCCACUCGCCUCCUCUGGAAUAUUUUCCCGCUCCGUUCGCAGACUCUGUCGCCUCGCUUCUACCACCCCAAAACGACACCGUCUUAUCCCGAAUGUACACAGCCGCUCUCUUCUUCGCAAUCAUUUCCGCUUCAUCUCCACCUCGGCCCGUCCUUCGCAUCAGUUGAAAAGACACUUUUGUCUAUCAGUCCAAGCCGCCGCCACAUCUUCUAUCCAAUCAGCUCCAGAGGUUUUGGUGGCGGAUAAUGACUUGGCGGAGAAGCUCGGAUUCCAGAAAGUAUCCGAGGAAUUCGUGGAAGAGUGUAAAUCCAGAGCUGUUUUGUAUAAGCAUAAAAAGACUGGAGCUGAGGUCAUGUCCGUGUCGAAUGACGAUGAGAAUAAAGUCUUUGGAAUUGUUUUCCGAACUCCUCCAAAAGAUUCAACUGGAAUCCCUCAUAUUUUAGAGCACAGUGUAUUGUGUGGUUCAAGAAAGUAUCCUCUGAAAGAACCCUUUGUUGAAUUGUUGAAAGGGAGCUUGCAUACAUUUCUGAACGCAUUUACAUAUCCUGAUAGGACAUGCUAUCCUGUUGCUUCCACAAAUACAAAGGAUUUCUAUAACUUGGUCGAUGUAUAUUUAGAUGCUGUCUUCUUUCCAAGAUGUGUGGAAGACGUUAAGACCUUUCAACAGGAAGGCUGGCAUUACGAACUGAAUGAUCCCUCAGAAGACAUAACUUACAAAGGUGUUGUUUUCAACGAGAUGAAAGGUGUUUAUUCUCAACCUGACAGCAUACUUGGCCGAGCAUCUCAACAGGCUCUUUUUCCAGAUAAUACUUACGGCGUUGACAGUGGUGGUGAUCCACAAGUCAUUCCCAAACUUAGUUUUGGGGAAUUUAAGGAGUUUCAUAGUAAGUAUUAUCAUCCCAGCAAUGCAAGGAUAUGGUUUUAUGGAGACGAUGACCCAAAUGAGCGUUUACGCAUCUUAAGUGAAUACCUAAACAAGUUUGAAGCAAAUUCAGCUCCUGAGGAAUCAAGAAUUGAAUCACAGAAACUUUUCAAAGAACCAGUCAGGAUACUUGAGAAAUACCCCGCUGCAGAUGGUGGUGACUUGAAAAAGAAGCAUAUGAUAUGCCUUAAUUGGCUGCUCUCUGAAACCCCACUAGACUUGGAAACUGAACUAGCCUUGGGUUUUCUGGAUCAUCUAAUGUUGGGAACUCCUGCUUCUCCUUUGAGAAAAAUCCUGCUGGAGAGUGGUCUAGGAGAUGCUAUAGUCGGUGGUGGGGUUGAAGAUGAGCUUCUUCAGCCUCAGUUUAGUAUUGGAUUGAAGGGUGUCUCGGAAUAUGACAUUCAAAAGGUAGAAGAAUUAAUCAUGAAUACUUUGAAAAAGCUGGCAGAUGAGGGUUUCGAUUCCGAUGCUGUGGAAGCAUCGAUGAACACAAUUGAGUUCUCUCUUAGAGAAAACAAUACUGGCUCAUUUCCUCGUGGCUUAGCUCUGAUGCUUCGUUCCAUGGGGAAAUGGAUAUAUGAUAAGGACCCAUUUGAGCCAUUGAAAUACCAGAAACCUUUGAAGGACUUAAAAGCUAGAAUAGCCAAGGAAGGGUCCAAAGCCGUCUUUGCACCUCUAAUAGAAAAAUUCAUCUUGAGUAACCCACACCGUGUAACUGUUGAAAUGCAGCCUGAUCCAGAGAAGGCUUCUCAUAAUGAAGCUACUGAGAAAGAAAUUUUGGAUGGGAUUAAGGCAAGCAUGACUCAGGAAGACCUUGCUGAACUGGCACGUGCAACACACGAGCUUAGGUUGAAACAGGAGACUCCUGAUCCACCCGAAGCUCUUAAAUGUGUACCAAGUCUUUCUUUGCAAGAUAUUCCCAAAAAACCCAUACAUGUACCUACUGAGGUUGGGAAUAUCAAUGGGGUAAAGGUCUUGCAGCAUGACCUAUUCACAAAUGAUGUUCUUUAUGCUGAAGUUGUUUUCAACAUGAGUUCUUUGAAACAAGAGCUUCUUCCUUUAGUACCACUAUUCUGCCAAUCGCUGCUGGAGAUGGGUACGAAGGACUUGGAAUUUGUACAAUUGAACCAGUUAAUUGGAAGAAAAACUGGUGGGAUAUCAGUGUAUCCUUUCACAUCAUCUAUUCGGGGGAAGGAGGAGCCAUCCAGCCAUAUCAUUGUUCGAGGCAAAGCUAUGUCUGAACGUGCUGAAGAUUUGUUUAACCUGGUCAAUAAAGUUCUUCAAGAUGUUCAACUAACAGACCAAAAGCGUUUUAAGCAGUUUGUUUCUCAAAGCAAAGCUAGAAUGGAGAACCGACUAAGAGGCAGUGGACAUGGCAUUGCAGCUGCAAGGAUGGAUGCAAAACUCAAUGUUGCUGGUUGGGUCUCUGAAAAAAUGGGUGGUGUAAGUUACCUGGAAUUUUUACAAAACCUUGAAGAGAGAGUUGACAAAAACUGGCCUGAAAUUUCUUCUUCGCUGGAGGAGAUACGCAAAUCUUUAAUUUCAAAAAAUGGUUGCCUAAUAAAUCUGACUGCUGAUGGGAAAAAUCUUGUGAAGUCAGAGAAGCUUGUUAGCAAAUUUCUCGAUAUGCUUCCAAACAGUUCCCCAGUUGGAUCAGCUGCUUGGAGUGCUCGACUUCCCCCAACAAAUGAAGCUAUUGUAGUACCUACUCAGGUAAAUUAUGUUGGAAAAGCAGCUAACCUUUUCCAGACCGGGUAUCAACUCAAAGGGAGUGCAUAUGUGAUCUCUAAAUACAUAAGUAAUACGUGGUUGUGGGAUCGCGUACGAGUUAGUGGUGGGGCUUAUGGGGGAUUUUGUGAUUUUGACACUCAUUCAGGCGUGUUCUCAUACUUGUCUUAUAGAGACCCCAAUUUGUUGAAGACACUUGAUGUGUAUGAUACGACAAGUGAUUUUCUAAGGGAACUUGAAAUGGACGAUGAUGCUCUCACCAAGGCGAUUAUUGGGACAAUUGGAGAUGUUGAUGCAUAUCAACUACCCGAUGCCAAAGGAUACAGUAGUUUGUUGAGAUACCUGUUGGGAGUCACGGAGGAAGAAAGGCAAAGGAGACGAGAAGAGAUACUGUCGACAAGGUUGGCUGACUUCAAGGAAUUUGCCGAAGUCAUAGCAGCAGUUAAAGACAUGGGGGUCGUUGUUGCUGUGGCAUCUCCUGAUGAUGUUGACUCUGCAAACAAGUUACGCCCUGACUUCUUUCAACUGAACAAAGUGCUGUAAGGUAUGCGCACGAAGGUAUUACCAUAUUUAACGUGAACCCAAAUAAACAAAGCUGGAUACAUUUCCAUAUACCGUAUCUUCCCAUUGAUGACUCAUCACUUGUAUCUGUUGUAAACUCGAGACUAAUAGUGUUUGUUUAUAUCAACCUUUGGAUUCUUGUUGAUCUAACCAUAAACUCGCACGAUUCUCCCUU